AUGAAUGUGGCUGCAGAGGUUGCGAGUUGGGAUAUUGACGACGUUGUUCUCACAAGCGUCGAUCGUGAUGAUUUACCGGAUGGGGGCGCAGCGGACUUUGCGCGCACGGUCCAGUAUUUGAAGCAGUUGCGUCCACAGUCUACUAGGGUUUCUUCUGAUCAGGAUGCACAACAGAUGCCUCCGACGAACCGGCCACUCUUCGUGGAGUGUCUCGUUUCCGACUUUGCCGGGCAACGGCUGCUGCCGCUGCUGCAGCAUUCAGGCGCGCACAGUGCGACUGAGGCCCUGGCAUACGUGAGAUGA